UGUACCUCUGUGUGUGAUACUACUUUAAGGUCUAUAUAACUCCUUUCAGUUUAUCAUCGUCUGUACUAUCAGCAGCAGUUACACUGUUACUUUGACACCUGGACAAAUAUGGACGCAUUGAAACUGUUCUUUAUUCUGCUUCUACCACUAACUGCAUGUUCACAAGAUUUGGGAGGAGAAACUGUUGUGAAAACAAUUGGGAAGCAACCAGAUGUCACUCAAAUAUGCACCAAUGAAACACAGAACAUCAUCACACUGAUAGUUUGUACGAUCAGAACUCAGAGAAGUGGAGGAGGAAAUUGUGUUCUGCUGUAUGAACAUGCACGGGGCUUUGAGCACAAAUGUGACUCCAGGUUCACACUGAUGAAAGAAAAUCAGACUGUGUUUCUCCACCUGAUCAAUUUAACAUCAGAGGACAGUGGGAGCUACAGCUGUCAGUGUACAAGUCCUGGAAGAACAAAUAUUCUCCAUCUUAAUGUCACUGUGGAAGGUAAACAAGAACUAAGCAGCAGGUCUGGAACAGAAACAGUUCCUCUUACACUGAUUUGUGUAACUGUGUUCAUCAUUGUGAACUUAGUUAUCUUUGGAUUUAUUCACGCACGACUGCGCCACAGGAUGGAAAUACACAAGAUGACCCUUACACAAACCUUCAGCAUGCAACAAACAAUCUCUACCAAACUGUCACCUCAGAUCACCAAAAACACAAUGCAACUACAAAUUAAGCACACUAAUUGUCUGUUGUUGUGAUUAGAUUUGGCCUUUAUAAUCAAACUCUUUAACAUAUGUAAAUGUUAACAGUUAUAUAUAAUAUAUUUAUAUAUAAUAUGUAAAAUAUAUAAUAAUAACUGUAGGUGGCACAUGAGUAUUAGUUUUCUAAGAGAAAUUGUUUUGGAUGAUCAUUACCUGCCUUUACUUUCACUGUUUUGUAGUAACUGAGGCCAUUCAGUCAUGACACUCCAGCUCUUUGAAACAGGUUCACAGAUUUAUACGUGUAUACUCUGGAAAAAUGGCUGACAGUAUAAAAAUGCAAUAAACUGUGUCAAAUAUGACUCCUCGUGUAGCAUUUUUAAAGCACAUUUCUUUUACUGUCUUUUACUGAUGUUACUGAUUGUGACGUGUCACAGUCAGACUUUUCAAAUUACAGAUACACAGAGAUAUCAGUCUGGCUGUCUUAGUCGUGGCUUAAAA